GUCACCAUGCCCAUGGGAACUCAGUGUCAGCAGAAGCUGUAGUACCUGUAUUGAUCCUAAACUGACAGUAAGGACUCUUACAUCCUAAUGAAAAUAUCCUGAACUCAGUUAUUUUGCCUUAAGGCCAGAGGGUUGACUGUCUUAGUAAAAUGACAGACAGAUCUGCUCUUUGCAAAAUUAGCAUGAUUUUUGAUCAAAUGCAGGUUUGCAUUGUUGUGACAGCUCAUUUUGCAAAGAGCACAUGAAUAAGAUUCAGGCAGGGAGGCUAUGGUGGUUGCUGUUCAGAUGUUUCUUUAAUGAACUUUUCAUUCUUAUAGAGGCAACUGAAGCAGCCAGUGACUGUACAGUUAUAGCAGACGCCUGGGCAGUGUGUGAGCCCCUGCGCCUUUCCCAGAGCUUGCUGGUUUGGGUAUGACUUUAUCCAACUCAAUUUUUAUGGAGCUUAGUAAGGGGGAAGCUCCUAAUGUCUUAUUUCAGCUUUUCCCUGUGGAACAGAGCUUGUGCUGGAUUUCUUCUGGCCCUCAGAGCAUGGCGGAAGCGCUGGUUCGUGCUGCGCAGAGGCCGCAUGAGCGGGAACCCCGAUGUGCUGGAGUACUACAGGAACAACCACUCCAAAAAGCCCAUUCGGAUCAUCGACCUCAACGAGUGCGAAGUGCUGAAGCACUCAGGGCCCAACUUCAUCAAGAAGGAAUUUCAGAAUAACUUUGUCUUCAUCGUGAGAACCACCUACCGCACCUUCUACCUGGUAGCCAAAACUGAGGAGGAGAUGCAGAUCUGGGUGCACAACAUCAGUCAGAUCUGUAACUUUGGGCAUCUAGAAGAUGGCACAGGUUCCGUGGAGAGUUUGUCUCACACAACCUCGUCCCCGCAGCCCUCGCCGGCCGCCUCCACCCACGCCUCCCGCAUCGCCGAUCCCUCCUUCUCGGUUGACCACGCUGCUGCUGACGCGUUCACUGCAGAGGAGACCCACAGCGAGUCGGAGUCAGUCUUCCUCCCCGACUACCUCUUCCUCUCCAACUGCGAGUCGGGCAAGCUCAGCCACAACAGGUGUGACAGCUGGUCAAAUUCAGACAGAUCUCUGGAGCAAACCUCAUCGGAUGAUGUUUUCGUGGACUCCUUGCAGUCUCAGCCCUCCUUGUACCUUGUACAGCCAUCCAGUGCUGGCACUGUGCACCAGGAUGGGGCCCCGCUGGCAAAUCACAGCGCUGUGUCCAGGAGCAUAGACAUUAACGGGCCAUCUAGUGACCUUUCCUCCUCGUCUCCACUGCUGGGGACACCACUGACACCAACCUUUCAGAUUGACAAGAGCCAAAAUGCGCUGCCCUACGGUGUGACCCAGCUGGACGUCCUGUCCAACACGCCCCCACCGCGGCCGCCCAAGCCAACCCACUUCUCGGACAGGAGAGGAGACGAGGUGGGCAGCGGGGCCCUCCAGAAUGGGCACGCAGGGUUGUGCCGCGCUCAGGUCGCUCUGGUGCCCAGGAGGAUCUCCUUGUCCAGCUUAGACAACGUGAGGAACUGGAAAGCAGACAUUGAAGGCAGUUCCUUAAGAAGUCGGGAUAAGAGGCUCAGCUUAAAUUUGCCCUGUCGAUUCUCCCCGCUCUACUCGACUGCUUCGGACAGCAUGGAGGACAGCUACGUGCCCAUGCGCCCCAGCACCUCUCCGUCUGCGCCCGGCUCCGACUGUUCAUCUGACGGCUACAUCCCCAUGAGCCCCGGCUCAGCCACCUUUACGUUCCCUGUUGUCAGCACUGAAAAACUCACCAGCCCGUUACCUGAGCUUCCCUCAGACCUGGAGCCCCCGCCGGUGAACCGAGACCUCAAGCCUCGUCGGAAACCACGGCCACCUCCUCUGGACUUGAGGAACCUCUCCACCAUCCGGGAGCAUGCCGCCGUGACCAGGAUGUGGACUGUGCCUUACAAUCGAAUGAGCUUUAUCUCACCAGAAAGAGACGGUAUUAAUUCAGCAAGAAUAUUUGCCAAUUCAGUUUCCGGAGAAGAGGAAGAAAGUUACAUUCAUAUGGAACACAGACAGGCAACAUCUCCAUACAGUGGUGCUUUUCCAUGGACAAGGAAAUCUAACCUUGAUUACUUAGCACUGGAUUUUAAUUCCGCUUCCCCAUCCCCUGUACAGAAGAAGCCUUUUCUCUCAGAAGAGCAGAGAGUGGACUAUGUCCAGGUAGAUGAACAGAAGACUCAAGCUUUACAGAACACUAAGCAGGAAUGGACAGAUGAGAGACAAUCAAAAGUCUAAAGGAAGAAGAUUUGGGAUCUGGAGGAUUAUUUUUUUUGCACUGGAACCACAAUGUUAAUGAAGCAGCUAUCACAGUAGAGUUCAAAGGCAGAGAGAGCUGUAAGACAUUUAUGGUCUGUAGAGGAAUGGUGAUUUUAAUGGAAACCUUUGAUUUCAGCUGGAAAUAGUAUGUUGAGUGAGUGGUUCACUGAUGAUUGAAGUAAUGCAUUACCCCUUUUACUGCCCUUUCCAGUAAGCUACAAGGUACCAUUUUCUGGCAUGAUUCUGCAACAAGUCAUACACUUAAUGUUAACAAAUCCACUACAUGUUGCAUUAAUCUAGUUAGUCCUGCCUUUUCCCUCUGUUGCAUAAUUCCUAGUUUCUAAAGCUAUUUUCUGAUAUUCCUACAAAUACUACAGAUGCUCAGAGCGCAUUUAUGGCAGCGGGCGUCUGACAGGUAUUGGUGACUAAUCAACUAAGGGCUAAAAUACUGAAACAAUAAAAAGAACUUUUUUAAUAUAUAGUGCUUAAGCAAAGCGAAUUUUGGAAAAUAUUUUUCCCCCGGGUUUAAAAGGCCUGACUCUGAGCUGAUGCUGUCGGAAACUCAAACCAGGACUCCGCACCGAUGGGACUGGAACACAGGGUCUUUGACCCUCUGGACGACAGUCAUCGUAUUAAGCUGCUUCUGUCCAUUGUGGCUCGUGCUUGUCGCCUUUCUGUCUGACUCCUACUGACGUUUUCUCCCCUGUUUCGAGGAUUGUCUUCAGCACAGCACAGCACAGCUGCUCCUCUAGCAGGAGGCUGCAGGCACACAGCUCUUGGCUGGCCAAAAAAUAGAAAUGGAAUCUGUGAGCCUGUUUCUACAAGUCUUGGGAGAACUGGCAAAGGAUCAAGAAUGUUUUCAUCUGAACUGCAGAAGAAAUGCCAUUGGAAUUUCUGGUAGCAGUCGUCAAACCGAUUGUUUCACUAGACCCAGCCCCAAAAGAAAGAGAAUUAGGAAGUGCAGCUUGCUCUGAGAGAGGCCAGCAGGCCUGCCAAAGUAAAACAAUGUGCUUACGCGGCGUGAGGACCUCUGGGUUCAGGAAGCUUAUCUACCUUGGGACUUGCUACAGGCACUAUCUCAGGAUCACAUAUGUGUAUAGUUUAUAACAUUUAACUUUAAAAGCUUGGCUGCAAUCUUGAUUUUAAGGUGGCACACAACCACUGGAACCGUGGAAGUAUGCAGUACUGCGGGGUGACCCACACUGGAUUUGGUCUUGCAGGCUUUGCUCAGGCAGGUAAGUCCCACUCAGCCAUAGGAGGUCUGGUCCUGUCAGCACAGACAGACAGCCAGGACCCUUGCAAAAAUUUCCUCUUUGAAAGCACCGAGUCUCUGGCCUCCCUUCACGUGCCUGUUGCUAUCGCGUUGUAUUACUGUAAUCUGACAUCAUGAAAAUGCUGAUUUACCAAACAGAGGUUGUAGAAAUGUCAUUGCAGAAACUACUGACAUUUCAAGGCUUCUAUUUGCUGUGCCCCAUGUACCCAUUCUGCUUCAGCCAUAUGGGCGCUCUGGGAGGCUGAGCAGCACCAUGACUGGCUGGGAGAGGCAGGGUAGCUGAACAGAAACACCGUUUUUCUCCUACCUCAAGAGAGCUGAAGUGCUUGCAAGUCUCGCUGCUUCUGUAGAGCGAAUACAAAGCUGGGGAUCCGUGGUGACCGGUCUCUGGAUAGCUACCCUGUGAGAACAAUGAGCUUCACCACCGCCUUUAUUGACUCUGGAGCAAACCAGGCACCCAGGCCUGCAGCCAAAAAGUGUCCUGGACUGGAGUUGCUUGGAAAAACGGGGUUCAUACUGCAGAUAGCUGACCUGCUGUGUCCUCCUACUCUGCUCCUCCAUCCUCUGCCCAAAGCUCUAAAAUGGAAAUUAAUGUUCAUAAAAGUUUUUUAAAAGAAUUAGGACUUUUCCGUAUAAAUCUUGUCUGUCCAGUGUGAAACUGAGUUUGAUAAAACCCAGUUAUUUUGUCCUAAAAUCAGUUUAGGAUAGCUCUGAGCAACCGUGCCCCAACCGUGCCCCGGGUGUGGUGUUGCUGGAGGGGAAGUGGGUUUGGGGAGAGGUGGCGCAGAGCUGUGCCUGCACAGAGCUGUUGCAGGGAACAGCCACCGUUACAGACGCAUUUGCAUUUCUGCUCAAAAGAAUUGCCUUUCUUUCAAGGUGUGCAAAUGAUACAUGUCACUGAAAACUCUUAGUGUGUGCUGCAGUACUGAAGGAGUUAAAAGGCCAGCGAAGACGUGGAUUGCAGUAGGGGGCAAAACAUCCACAAAGGGCAGGUAAAAUUAUGCUUUGCUACUGCAGAUACCAAAUUGCAGAGUGACAGCCUGCGAUGUGGAUUGCAGUAGCAUACAAAUCAGCUCAUGUUUGACUGGAGUGUUUAUUUUCAUGCUGUCAGAAAAUCUUCUGAAGUGGAAAAACACCAGGUUAUUGAAGACAACUGACUUGCUCGUUAUUCUAGUUUAUUGUGAAAAUAUUUAAACUUUGACAAACCUGGCUAAUGGGUCAUUCGGAAGUUUAAAUAAGAAAGAGUUCAUUUUUUUUUUUUUUUUCCCUAAAGGACAUAAAUGUAUAGUUCAAAGGGGACUGCCCUUAGAUCAGAAUUGCCUCCUUCAGCUUCUACAUGUCCCCUAUUGAUCCUCACUGCUCUCUUGAUCAAGUGCUGCUCGCUGGUUUCUAGCUUUCAGUUUUUAACUAAAAGCUAAGUUUGGGGCUUUAUUCAGCUUUUUAAUUUGAGUUGGGUUUUUACUUGCUGUUCCAGGGUCUGUUCUGCAUUCUUAAGUUUUAAAAGCUGAGCAGUCCUCCCGCAAGGCUUUUACUUUUUUGUUUUAGUCAAAUUCCACAAUGUUCCACAGAGUGUAAAGAGGAGGAGGGUGGUGGGAGGAUGGCGAAGGCCCAGUCUGCUGUGGCCACCAGUCGUUAAGGAUCUUGGUGUGAAAGGAGCCACAGCAGCCCCAGCUUCAGCACAUGACCGACGUGCCUAUGGGAGACCCUUUUUACAGAGCAAAAAGGAGUCUGUUUAAUCAAAUCUGUUCUUAAAUACUGAUCCCUUUACCAAGAAGCAAAGAAAACCUGUGAAAGCACUUGAAAAAUGACCCAGAUUUUGAUAGCAUCAUGUCUGAAAAUGUAGCCCAAGCAAGAGCCCUUUGUUGGUGCUGGCUCUAGGGUCAGCCAAGCACACUCCUGGUGGCGUCUUCUUUUUGCUGUGGGUCUGUUAUGUUGUUAUUUGUAUGUAUUUCUUUAGAAAUUGUCAUGAGAGCUGAUGCAGAGGGAGGCUCUGCACCUGAAUGAGUAUGGGGUGGCCAGUGGUCCCGUAGGAAGCUCUUGUCUCCCAGAGGAGCUGGUGUUUCCCAGCUUAGGACUUGUCAUGCCUUCUCCAGCACCACGGGGGUUUCUCCUUUGAAAUGCAGAGGAGUGCUAAACGAGCAGAAUAGGUUUUGUUUAAUUGGAAAUGUCACUCUGUGGAGCUGCCAGAUGAAGCUUGGUUGCAGGAUGGUGUGGAAAACACACAUGCUGAAUAGUUUCAGUCCGUGGUUAUUGGGGUGAUCAGCAGGGUUCCCCCACUGCUGGCACAGCUGGUGAGGAAGCUGGGGUGUCAGCACCUGCGUACAGGAGGGAGGAGAUCAGAGGUGCCAGGGAUCUCUUUUACUGACAUUAUCUGCGGCCGCUUAAUACAAAAGUAGCCUGUGUCAAACACCUGCUUGAAAUCAUCCUAAAAACCAUAAAGACAUCAAUCUGAUCUGAACAUCUUUCCUGGAGCGAGCAGGAUUUCAGUACUUACCGGGACUUACAUGCAUUCCUGAAGUCUUUACUCCAUUCAGGUUCAAUAUGGCCUUAUUCUGCAGUUUUUCAGUUGUCACACAUUGGAGUGAGGUGCAGCAGGAUCCAAGACUUGUUUGGGUUUUGAACUAAGCUGUAUUUUCCAUUUAUAAUUCCUUUGUUGCAGGAGGCAGCAUUAAAUUCCUUACUGGCAGACAGGAACACUUUACCUGAGAAAUGUCAACAGCCGUGUAACUGGAGCCAGGUGUUUCCAGCCAGCUCAUUUUUGCCAGCGAUAGCACCUGCUCUCUACGGUGUCACUAACUACAUCGUAGGUGUAAAUUUUGGAUUUGCAUUCACUCAAAGGGAUUCAGUGGUUUGGUAAUUCAAAGACCAUCAGAUGCUGUGAUGAGAGAGAAGCACAGGGCAAUGCCUUUCCUUUGUUCUCCCAUUCCGUAAAACUUGCUCAGGUUAAAAAAAAGCCACCAAAAUAGCAGACUUUUGCCAUGUCAAAGCCAGAAUAUUUUUUGUUCAAAUAAAAAUGGACUUUUGUCUUGUGCAAAUGAAGCAUUAUAUGUUUUUUUUGUAUUUGUAAAUCUGUGGGGAAGCAUUAAACAGUCAUCUCUGUUACAAAGGAGUAAGUCAUUGAUAGAGGGAAGGGGCUCACCUUCCUGAUGUUUCAUUGUAAUGUUUGUUGUAUAUAUUUGCACAUUAAACUGUGUAUCUUUUUUCUAAUAAAUUAAUAUAAACUG